UCACAGAUCACCGCAAUCCGCCGUGUGGAACAUGUGGACGCGCAGGAGGACGCAGCAGAAACCAGCGUCUCCCCGACGAGGUCCGUGAGCCACCGCGUCUCUUCUUCUUCCAUCUGCAACCCCGCGGGUGAAGGCACUCUCAUUUCCAGCAGCUCGGAGGAUGUCUGGGGCAACUGGGAAUUUGGAUUGCGAGGAGUGUUUGUCUUCGGCACAAGUGGCCGACAGCGCGGAGUCACAACCGCACCCCGUGGUGGACGAUGACGAUGAACUUCUGAGAUACAUCUGGACGGAGUACUUACACCCCAAGCAGUAUGAAUGGGUCCUCAUCGUGGCUUACAUCCUUGUCUUUUGCGUCUCACUCAUCGGAAACUCCUUGGUUUGUUUUGCAGUGGGGAAAAACCGCCACAUGCGCACGGUGACAAACUACUUCAUAGUGAAUCUCUCCUUCGCCGACGUCUUGGUCACCAUCAUCUGCCUGCCUGCCAGUCUCGUGGUUGACAUCACAGAGUCGUGGUUCUUUGGAAACACUCUUUGCAAAGUUGUGCCGUAUCUGCAGACUAUCUCUGUUUCUGUAUCAGUCCUAACGCUGAGUUGCAUUGCCCAAGACCGUUGGUACGCUAUCUGCCACCCGCUGAUGUUCAAGAGCACAGCCAAGAGGGCUCGCAAGAGUAUAGUUGUCAUCUGGGUCGUAUCGUGCAUCAUCAUGAUCCCUCAGGCCGUUGUGAUGGAGUGCAGCAGCCUGGUGCCACAAUUAGUAAACAAGACCAGCCUGUUCACAGUCUGUGAUGAACAUUGGGGAGCUGAGAUCUACCCGAAGGUGUAUCACACCUGUUUCUUCAUUGUCACGUACAUUGCACCCUUAUGCCUCAUGGUCCUGGCGUACAUCCAGAUAUGUCACAAGCUGUGGUGUCAACCGAUUCCCGGAAACACAUCAGUUUUGCAGAGAAAGUGGAGGUCCAUUCAAUGCUCAGCUCCGGCUGUGGGAGAGGCCGCGAGGGUCAGAACCAGCACGGUGUGUGCUGAGAUCAAACAGGUCAGAGCCAGACGCAAGACCGCCCGCAUGCUGAUGGUGGUGCUCUUUGUUUUCGCCGUGUGCUACCUGCCAAUCAGCGUGCUCAACGUCAUGAAAAGAGUCUUUGGGACUUUCAAGAAAACAGAUGACAGAGAAACAGUGUAUGCAUGGUUCACCUUCUCACAUUGGCUCAUCUACGCCAACAGUGCAGCAAAUCCCAUCAUCUACAACUUCCUCAGUGGGAAGUUCCGUGGGGAGUUCAAAGCAGCCUUUUCCUGCCACGGAGAAAACCAAACUGAGAGGAAGAGGCCGAGAGCGAGUACAGACAGUCGGAAGUCACUGUCAACUCAAGUCAACAUGGACAACGUCUCACGCAUAUCCGAUCAGAUUGUCUAAUCACAUCAUCUACGUGGGGCGUUGAACCUACACAUUAAUCAUUAAGGUGGACAUUAAAAUGUUUAAAACUAUGACAAAAUAAAUUUGAGGAAACAUCUCAAAAUUAGAGUUUUAUGUUGGAUUUCACUCUGAGCUCUUGAGAACCAAUCGUCCACCCAGGACGUAGCAAUCACGUCAUUCACAGAGACAUUUAUUCAUUAUCUAAUGACACCAGAUGAAUGGUAGGAUUAAAUAGCUGAUAUGAAUUGAUUUUAGGUUAAGUGAGAUCAUUUUGGCUGCACAUGAAAACAUUUCUUGUAUUGUAAAUUAUAUAUUUUGUCUGUAUGACUUUGAUAUUUAUUCAUGUACAGUAUAUAUGUGGUGAUUUUCUGUUUUUGUUGUUAUUUACUUUACAACGAAAAGGGGGGCGGGGGGGUGCAGAAGCUGAUCUGUUUUAUUAACUAAUCCUAUUUCAAGUCUGUCUACCUCAUUAACAGUCCAGCAGUCAGUCUGUAGGUCCAAACCAAAAUGGUCCAUUCAAAAGUUUUCUUUGAAAUGUGCAGUCACGUCUCCGGACCGCUUCAGAGCCCAGGCCUCAGUCCUGUCGCAAAGAUAUUGGUAGUCAUGACGACCAAUAAUUUGUAUAAUAAUAUCAGACUACACUAAACAUCUUCAAGAAAAGUAAAAAAAAAGUUAUUUUGCGUCACGUUAACCGAUGGAAUUUAACAGAACUCCAGAAUAUGUUUGGAUAUUCAUCCACCUGCGCAAAAUUGAAUCUUGCCAAUGACACGUGAGGACUAUAAAGUUCUGGUCUUAAUCAAGUUAGAGGCUUUUUGUGUUAAAAAAAAGGCCGACAGGAGGGGGCAGGGGGCGGAACAGUACGGCCCCGGAGAGCGGAGCGCUUAACAAACGGUUCAUAAGAGGAAGGAAAUAUACGUUUUACAUAUUUUCUGCUGUAUAUUGGGGGGGAGGACAGAUUGGUAUUUUCUCAAUAUUGGGGGGGACCCCCCCACAGGAUGCGUGGUCACGCCAUGACCUUAAUACAUCUAUGCUUAGCAAAAACCUAACAUAUUAAUCUCUUAGAAUAAAAGAUUAACUUUCACAGUUGCUAAAAAAAUCCUGCUGUGAAUCUUGACCAACUUCUUUAAGCUCCUGAGGACAACCAAAGUCAGUCAGUUAACUGCCAGGAAGCAGCUGGGGGUUGAAGUUCUUUCUAGAAUACGUAACAAGCAAUGCUUUUUCAAAUCAUCCUUCAACAUUCAUUCAGGAACAUGUUUCUCUUUCUUUAUAAUUGUUACUCAUAAGAAAAAGGAUUGUGAAAUUCAAGCACACUUUGGUUGGUUGAGUUUGGUUCUCGGCUGUACGAGGCAUACUGAAAUGUUCCCUUAGAAGAUAAACGCACCACACGUGUGUACGGAUACUCAACAUGCAUCAACCUCAUGAAUAUUUACAACUAGUACAUACAUGCUUAAUUGUUGAGUAAACGUUUGUAAUGGCGUCCUAUGCAACAGCAUCUGGGUGCAACCUUAAGGGGAAGUAAAGUUCAUUUUUAAAAAUGAGUCUAAAACAAAGGUGCCCAUGCACAAUUUAUCCUGUUUGCAUAUUCAAACACUAGCCUCAGAAUCAGAUUACAGUCAAACUUUAUAUGACAGCAGUUUGUGGAGGCAGGUUUAAAACCACCAAAUAAGAGUCAACAUUAAAGCAGCUUCUCCGCGAUGAUUAAUGCAAAUCCCAGUGCACACAAAGAAAAUAACAUUGCUGUUGCGAACACCAUGACGGACUUUUAAACAGAGAAACUCACACACACAACAUAUCAAAAAGAGCAAAUUCAUGCAAAUGUUAAAAAAGUAUUACUUAAGAAAACUAGUAUUAAUCAUCAUUGCAUUCAGCAACAGUGACUUUGUUAAAACACCUCUUCUCGUAUGGAGUGAGAUCUCUAGUCAAAUUAAGUUAAUUGAACAAAUCAAUAGAAUUGAAAAGCAAUGAGGAAGAAAACAGGAUUACAUGAAGGAAUUGCACAAAAAAGGAAAGAUAUAAUAGGAAAUUUAUUUUCAGUGACCUGUGGGCAGAACGAAAGUUGAUGUCACUAAAAUAAUAUAUUGCAUCAAAAAUCUGAGUGUUCAAAAUAUUCAGUAAUGUAAAUGUAUAUUUUUGGAUGAAAAUGGAUUUAAGUAAAAUUUCCUCUCUAUGUCAUUGGCUUGUGAUGUUUGUCAUUUCUGAAGACAAACCUUAUUGUAUCUCAUCAUCUAAAAGUUACUGUAUAUUUAUUUGUGAAUUUGUUGAUAAAAGAUCAUAUAUUGCUGCAUAUUAAUAAAAAUGAUACGGCUUUGGAUUUUUACAAAUUGUUGAUGUUCAAAUGUUGAUAAAUAAGUAGCUUGCAAAUUGCAAAUCCAUAUGGUGUUUUUGUUUAAGCAGCAGAUUUAGCUAAUUUUGCUGAUUUUGCAGGUAUCCCUUUUUAUUUGGAAUUCGGAUUUGUUUGUUUUUGCGUGUGAAUGUCUGACACAUUCAAAAAAGGACUUUCAUUGAUCUUUCAAUUAGUUCAUGAACAGCUUGCCAAUUGUAAUUUUUUUACCAUCAAUGAAAUUCCUUGUUGAUUUUGCGAGAUGCAGUCAGGAAGAAACUGUUGUUGUGGCCUGAGGCUUUGGUCCGCUCUAAACGGUCUAAAUUAAAUUAAGACAAAAGCCAACAUUUAUUGCCAAAGUAUGUUAGACAUACAAGGAAUUUGUCAUGGGUUUGGUGCAUAACAUCAGACAGUAAAUGAGUGCAUCUACGUAACAGUUUACAGGCACAGUGUCAUCCACCUCCUUCAUCAUGUGGCCUCAACUUAAUAUUUUUAGACUUUUUUAGUUCCUUGACUUGUUUCUAUUCUUGUGAAUGUUCAAAAUGUAUUUCUUAGUUGUUUAUUCCUCACACUGUAUUUCUGCCCAUAUUUUAUUAAUAAAGUAUAUAUAGUACAUGUC